AUGCAGUCUUACUUUCCCCAGGGCUGGGACUCUGCAGGGCAAGGGGCGCCCGUGUAUUCCGCGGGCGAGACAAAAGAGAAGCCUCACCGAGUCUUCAGAGAAACCGCCACCCCAGAACUACUUCCGGGCCCACGCUGCGCCUGCGCGUCCCGCCGCCUAGUGCGUCAUAUCAGGCGCCGACCCAGGCUCGAGCAGUGGUCCUCGGCUCCGAUUCCUGGAGGCCUCACGGCUAGAGCGGCCCGCGCAGCUCGUCUGCUCCCGGCUAGAGCGUCGCUUCCGCGUAGAGCCGCGUGUGACCUUCCCGCCUGCGGAGCUAUGCAGCCGGCGGCGGCGGCGGCGGCGGCGGCGAGCCGCCUAUGGGGGCCGCGGCUUGGGCUGCGGGGGGCAGCGCUCCGCCUAGCCAGGCAACAGGUCCCCGGUGUCUGUGUGGCGCGUCAGUUGAGGAGCAGCAGCCAGCAAAGGAGUGAAGCAAUCGCCGGUGCCCCUCUGGAUAAUGCCCCCAAGGAAUACCCCCCCAAGAUCCAGCAGCUGGUCCAAGACAUUGCCAGCCUUACGCUCCUGGAGAUUUCAGACCUCAACGAACUCCUGAAGAAAACAUUGAAGAUCCAGGAUGUCGGCCUUAUGCCAAUGGGUGGCAUGAUGCCUGGAGCUGUCCCUGCUGCAGCAGCAGCCCCUGAGGUGGCUGAGGGAGAAGACAUGCCCAAACAGAAAGAGCGGACACACUUCACCGUCCGCCUCACAGAAGCGAAGCCCGUGGACAAAGUAAAGCUGAUCAAGGAGAUCAAGAACUACGUCCAGGGCAUAAACCUUGUGCAGGCCAAGAAGCUAGUGGAGUCCCUGCCCCAGGAAAUCAGGGCGAAUGUCGCCAAAGCCGAGGCCGAAAAGAUCAAGGCAGCCUUGGAAGCAGUGGGUGGCACUGUAGUUCUGGAGUGACACUCCCAAUCUGAGGACUUUCGGACUGGGGUCCCUGGGACCUGGGCAAAGGCCUGCUCACCCCUGCUUCACUCCCAGGUGGUGUGUUGGGAGCGGCAGCUACUGACGCCGGUGAUCGAAUUCUCCUGGGAGAGGGACAGGAUGGACCUACUGUGAUGGGGAGGGGCAGUUACAGCCUGUUCGGACUCUCAAGAGGUUGCCUUGAGAUGUUAUAAAGUGAACACGCCCCUGGUGGCUACUGAGAGAGUA